AUGAAAUACUUCGUUGCUUUUGCACUUCUUGCCGUGGCUUCGGCCAGCGUUAUCCCGCCCGCGGUUAUCGCUAGCGACAACCCUGAGAUCCAAGAGAUCGUGGCUGCUAUCCAGAGUCCCAGCACUGACCCCGCUACAGCUGCCGCUCUCGAACAGAUGCUACUGGAUAUCCUCGGAUUGAACCAACCCGAGCCCGUUGAGGUUGGACCCGCCGUCGUUGACAACCCUGAGCCUAUUUCCAUCGGACCCGCUAUCAUCGACUUUCCCCUUCCUGACGGUGGAGCCGUGGCAGAGGUACAACCCACCCCCGUUAUGCCUGAUCCCGUUGCCCCCUCUGCUAGCGCCCCUCUUGUUCAAAUCAUCCUGAACAUCAAGUCUACUUCUGACGUUGCUGUUUCCCCUGUUGCUGUUGAAACCAUCCCAUCUCCCUUCCCAGCGCCCACCCCCGUCCAUGUUGUCGAUGAAGCUUUCGAAGCUACGCCUGUUAUCGUUGUGGACAAUCCCAUCGUCCCCGAGCCCGUCACCGUUGUCGAAGAAGCCGAUGCUCCCGAGGCCGUCAUUGUUGCUCAACCCAUCAUCCCCGCACCAGCGAUCGUCCUUCCUGAAAUCCUCAACUAA